CCUGCCGCGCAUGCGCUGUGCGACGUGACGUGGCGCGGCUCGGCACUGCAGCUCCCGGCGGACCCCGCGCUGCGGCGCGCUGCUGUGACGUAAUCCUCGCGACGGGGGGCGAGCGGGCGCCGGGCCCGGGAUCGGUCCAGGCCGCCAUGACCAAGCUGGGGCAGUGGCUGUGCGGACUCGUCCUGCUGGGCUCGGCCUGGGCCGCGCUGGCGCUGGCGCCGCCGGGGCUGCGGUUGCCGCCCCCGUGCCGGCAGGCCCUGCUGCCCCUGCCUGUCUACCUGCUGGUGGCCUUCGGCUGCUACUCCCUGGCCACCGUGGGCUACCGCCUGGCUACCUUCAACGACUGCGAGGAGGCAGCUGCCGAGCUGCAGGAGCACAUCAGUGCGGCACGGGCAGACCUGAGCCGACGAGGGCUGCACUUCUGACCCCAAUAAAGCUGAGGGACUGUG